UCCAUUGCACCUCAACAGUUUAAUCACCUACUCGCAUGUAAGGAAGGUCAAACCGAAGUCUGUGCAAAGUGUAAAAAUGCAUGGUACCUCAGAGACAAGCCUAGAGGAGGAAUACAUCUUCACAAAUGGAAAAUGGACAAUAAUACUAAAGCCUGUCAGAGUAGCUGGCGACGGCUGCCCUGCAAGCAGUAGAGAGGAGAUGACAGCAGAUCAGGUCAACAAGGGCAUGCCAGAUGACCUAUUAUCCUCAGACACGUGUACCAUCCAGCCUCCCCUAGUUGCAGAAACAUCUGUGCAUGAGGAGACCAGCCAUGCCCUGGACCAACAAACUCAAACUCUCCACAAUAUUUCAGCCACAAUGCUGAUUCCAAACUUGGACAAUAUUGCAGAGAUUCAGACCACUGACAUACAAGAGGAGACGGAAAGAGGAAAUGUCUUAGAUUUAGUCUUAGUUCAACCCCCUGUUCAGACUUUUUCUAUGAUGACAAAUAGAUUGAAUAUAGCAGAAGGAGAUGAGGUAAACGUUGGGAAUCUUGACCUAGCUGAUGUGGCACAGGUUGGGAAAGAUUGUGCCAGUAAUUCAAGAUUUUUUACCCAAGCAAGUCAGGAAGGUUCAAAGGAUGAAGUUAUCACAGUGACAUCGCAGCCUCCAACUAACCUGUACAGUGAUCCUUGUGAUGUAUCAGAAAGCAUAACUGGUCCCAAAGGAAUUAUGGAAACUGCAAUACCUGAGAACGCUGUGUCUCAAGAUGAUGUGAUAUGUGAUUGUGGGUCUACUGGUAUAUCAGAGAGUCAAAGUUUGUCAAAAACAAUAUUGACUGGUUUGCCAAUGAUACCUGAGCAUCAUGAUGCUGCUGCUGAGACUAUGACACAGAACUCUGAACAGAAUUGCCUUGAUCUGAAUUAUCAAGAGAAUAAAGUUCUUGAAAACAGCCAAUCUGGUGAAAAUGCAAUCUCAAACAAAAAAGAGUACAUGCUAACUGUAGACCAGUCAUCAUCAGGACAUCUAAACAGAGAGUAUAGCACAGUAGGCGACAUGCCAGACUCUUACUUUGAGACUGAGGAUGUUCAGGAUGUAAUGACAGGGGUUGACAGUGUAGACCAGGGGGAGACUGUGUGUAACACUGAUACAGAGAGUACUGAUGUCAUACACGCUGACAAAGAAGUAAGUGGAAUAGUUGGGGAGACUGUAUGUAAUGCCAACCAUGAAAUAAGUGGUAUUACACAGGAGACUGCCUGUCAUACUGAAUCUGAAAUAAAUGACUCUACAAAGGGGUCUACUUUUAACUCUGACCCUGAAGUAGGUGAGGAAAUGUUUUCUUGCAUCACUUCUAUCACACAUGAGUCUCACGCAGCAUCAAUAACAAGUAAAACUGCAGGGGAACAUAUUCCUAACACUGAUUCUGAAACAGAUGACAUUUUAGGAGAGAUUAUUAGUCAGACUAACUAUAAAGCGAGUGGUACAACAGAUGAGACUCUCCAUAACUCUAACAUCAUAGAGGAGGCCCAUACUGAAACUGUAUGCAAUAUUGGCUCUGAAAAAAGUUAUAUUUUUGGAGAGACUGUAAGUGACAUUGCAACUAAGACUGAUCAUAACUGUGAUUAUGGAAUGAAAGACAUUUUAGCAGAGACAAACGAUACAAACCCUGUGCCUGAGGUUCCAGUGAUACAGGAGCCUCUGUACAAACUUGUAGUGGAACUGAACAAACCCGACACUGUAUGUGCCUCUCCAGUCCUAAGACCGCCAGUUACCCAACCUAGUUCAAUUGAACUCAAUGACAAUAAUCUGGAUGGACAACGCAGAGCGUUGAUCUUUGAUCAAGCCAUUGCUAAUCCAAAUGCCAUGCAAGGAGACAGCUUGGCUGACUCAGCUGCUAAUUUGUUGGAGAAUGUCUUGACUCAAACAACACAGAAUCUUGUUACAGAGUCCAGUCUGGACAUGGUGGUGUCAGAAUCUUGUCUGCUAGGAGAUCCUGUGCUAGACAGAAGUCCAGCACUGUUGCUCCACCAGCUGGAACCAAAGGCUUUUAGCAGGAAUGACCAAGUGGUGGAUAACACGGCUGAAAAUAACUCUGACACACAUCUCCUGUUUCCCGGCUUCCUGAACACAUCGAUAGAAAUCCCUCAGAUUAGCGAGGAAGCUGGGACAGACCUUCGACUUUUGGAUAUUUGUUCCACACCUGCCGCUGUUCAGGAAUCAAGCUGCAGAGGAAUGGAGGAUGAUCUUUCUAACGAGUUAUGGAUGGAUGCUUGCCAGUUUCUUACAAUUGAAGAGGACAAGGAGUCUAUCUAUGAUGAGUGGGGGCAUUCUCCAAUCCCUAGUCCCUGCAGAGUGUCUCCAAACAUCACAAAGUCCUUGGCUUCCUCUCAGGGUAGGGGAGCUGUGAUUGGUCAACUUGGUGAUUGGGAACUCCCACCUGUUGAGAGGUGGUCAUCUUCAGACAGCUGGGCUAGUGCUUUCUCAGACUGGUUCCAGACUGUAAGUGUCUUUGCGGAAGAUCGUCCACUCGCUGCCACUGCGACAAGUAGUAGCAACCCUCUUGACUCCCAGCCCCAACCUUGCAUGGCUGUCCAGGACACCACAGAGCAGCAGAAGGAUAGCCCAGAAAGCUGCUCCACCACUGGGCAAAUGUGUCUACCUACAAGCUCCACAGAAGCAGAAGUAGAUGCCCAGCGCCGAAGAGUGCCAAGGGAUGAGGAAACACUCCUACAGCUGGCAGAAAAAGACAUGCAUCUCCAUGUCAGGACUCAGGAUUUACCAGGAGAGUCUGUGGACACUCAGGUAGAGAGGAAAAUGGAGGUAGAGACUGUGAACCCAUCUGGAGACUGUAUGCAAAAUCUGGGAUCACAUGUGCAAGAUGUUACAAUGGCACCUGUGAUGCCUAUGAAAGAUUUUACAGCUGGAAAGCUCACAAACCAGCGUAUCUCUGGAACUAAGCUGGACAGUGACGGAAUCCAGGAAGUGGCAGAAGACAGAACGUUCCAGCUUUCAGCAGACUUCGAGGAGGAAAGUGUGAGGAAUUCCAGUCCCUUGAAGUUCUCGAGUUACCUCAGCAACAAGGAUCCUGUGGUUGGAUGUGCAUGUGGCCCUUGUCUUGACACACAUGCUCCUCAUCUGGACAGACAUGUGCCUUCCGAACGAGAAUGCCUGACACGAGCAAAAGGUGUGGAGACCCCCCACACUGAAGAGAGUUGGUCACAUGCAUGCUUCUACACACAGGAUCCAGAAACAUCCCAGGGACAGAGUAGAUUUGAAGAUCCUGAGUUUAUUAUGCCAUUUGCACCAGUCAGCAUUGGAACAUCAUUCCAUCAUCCAUUUGAUUUAAAAGCGGGUCAACCCAGUCCAAAGACAUCCAUAAAACCAUCUCUCACAGGGAAUAUCGAUGAGAUUAAAGGUUGUUUACCAACGAAGAUCAUUGGAAAAGUUACAAGUGGUCAGGAACUCUCAGAUGACCAGUUUUGUACAUGCUCCGAGAAAAGCAGUAAGCAGAGUUCUUCAGGUUUUGGAGACUCAGAGGAGUCUUCCUCUCAAGAAACCCAAACUGAAAUACAAAAUGCUGGUGACAUCAGCCAUGAACUUUCCAAGCUAAUCUUACUCACUGGCCAGCGAUUUAUAGUCUCUGAGGAAAAGCGUGUCGCGUAUGUAACUCUAGACUUGGAUGAUGUGAACUUUAUUAAGGAGGUGAGUGAUGUGAGCUGUGAUCAGAGAGCGCCUUCCUUUCCGAAACAACAUAACUGUGAAGAGCACCCACAUAUAAAAGACACUGAGAUGCCGCACAAAACCCCAAAGACAUCCUCUGAGGGGAAAACACGCUCCAAACACAAGGAAAAAAUAACCGGCCAACAGCUUGGGACUGCAACCAAGAAGCAAGAGAAAGUUCAGCCAGAAGGCCAUGUUGCAAAUGAGUCUCUCUCCUCUGAGGCUCUCUCCUCUGAGCCCGGGACAGUCACUGUAAUUGAGACCAUUGUUAUAACAGAGAAGAUCAUGCCUAAACCUCAGGGGAAGAAGAAGAAGAAGCAUGGAAUGGCCAAGCCAGAGAGUGAACCCCUGGCUGAAGUAGAGAAUGGAGCGAGGCCCAAGGCCACAAAGGCCACAUGUGAAGGUGCGGCGGCAAAGCCAGCACCGAAACCAGGGAAAGUGAAGGAGAAACCAGCACUGCCUCUAAUAUCUACAUUAAACACUCUCAGCACAGGCAGCCCCGUCAAUGACAGCGCAAUGAAGUGCAAAGGAACAGAAGCAAUCAAAGCCAAUGCAGGAAUAACCUCAUGCGGCCAAGCAUCCCAAAGCACAGGCCUCCCCAGUGUGCUGGAUGAUGACCUCAUCAAACGUAGACGCAUCUCUGGGGAGAAAAGCGAAGCUGUCCCGAUAAGAGCGAGACCGCAGUUACCCACAAUAUUCCGGCAAAAGAAAGAGGAGGAGGUGGGCUUUAAGAGAGCGUACAGUGACGUUGUCAAACAGAAGAUUCAGACACCUAAAGAAGUUGUUGCAGUAGUCCAUGUGGUAGCUGAGAUCCAGGCAGAUCCAGUGCCUGAUGACCCUCAGAGCAUUUCUCUGUGGUGCCAGUUCAGCCCAUUAGCAGCAGAAACCUCCAUUACCUGGACCAAAGAGGGAAAGGUCCUGUCUGAGAAGAAGAGGGGAGCGGGCGAUGAGAGCCGUGUCACUCUGUCCAUUGUGAAGGCCUGCAGUAAGGACUUGGGCAUGUACUGCUGUAAUCUGACCAGCAGGCUUGGCUCAGUGUCCACUUCAGACUUCCAUCUCACAUCUGAAGUGCUCAUGGAACUUGUCAUCCCCAGCCAUGACACACCAGCUGAGCGCAGGGAGGUGGAUGGGGAAGUGGAGGAUGUGCAGUGUGCUCCGCUGCUCUUUAGGGGUGACAUCCUGACAGAUCAGUACUUUGGGGAGAACCAGUCUGCCAGCAUUGUGACAGAAAAGGCCCACUUUGGGGAGGGAAUGCACCGUAAGGCCUUCAGGACCACUCUGCGGGCCGGCAUGCUGCCUGUCUUCAACCCUGGACACCCCUGUGUGCUUAAAGUCCACAAUGCCAUCAGCUAUGGGACCAACAAUAAUGAAGAACUCAUUGAGAAAAACUAUAACCUGGCUGUGGAGGAGUGUCAUGUGCAGAACAUGGCCAGAGAAUACAUCAAGGCCUACACAAAUGCAACCAAAUCUGCAGAGUCAUUUGGAGAAGUCCCAGAGAUCAUCCCGAUCUACUUGGUCCACCGGCCAUCCAAUGAUAUCCCAUACGCCACUCUGGAGGAGGAGCUUAUUGGAGACUUUGUGAAGUAUUCAGUGAAGGAUGGGAAGGAGAUUAAUCUGAUGCGGAGAGACUCUGAGGCAGGUCAAAAGUGCUGUGCAUUCCAGCAUUGGGUGUAUGCUCAGACAGAUGGGAACCUUCUGGUCACUGAUAUGCAGGGUGUUGGUAUGAAACUGACAGAUGUUGGUAUCGCUACCUGCAGGAAAGGCUAUAAAGGAUUUAAAGGGAACUGUGCCACAUCUUUCAUCGACCAGUUCAAGGCUCUGCACCAGUGUAACAGGUUUUGUGAGCUGCUGGGUCUUCCGUCCUUACAGCCCAAACCCAAACGAACGGUGGCCCCGCCAAAGCCCAAAGCACAACCUGUGCCCAAGAAAAAGACCUUUGGCCCAGUUCUAAAGGGCAAAUCAUGAUUAGACUGAAGCCCUGAAGGCAGGGCAUUAUGGGUAAGUGGGGCAUUACCUUGAGGAAGUGAUGGAGGUGUUGUGAUGCAGAAAGCUUCAGGACACAAUUCUGAGGUGUAACCACUGUGAUCACCAUGUUUCACUUGCAAAGGAUUUAGUAGGUCAUUGUUAGCUGUGUAUGCCCAAUUUUUGGGUCUCUGAGGUGUGAAUAUAUGUUUUGGUGGUGUACCUGUCUAGUAGGGUGUCAUCAGACACAGUCUGAACAAUGAUUUUUGUAAUGUGGUGUAAUUUAUUGCAUCAGUUAGACAUCCUGCAUGUUAUGUUCAUGUUUAUUUUGGCUUCUGACAUGUAGUAAGCUGUUAUUUAAAAAAAAAAAAAAA